CAAUGACUGUGAUACAAUGGUAUCAUAAACUGGCCCAAGGUGAAUUUUUCUUUUUCUCAUUAUUGCAGAUUUUAUAGGUCUACUCUAGUAGCAUUUAGCUUUUCCUUGGAAAUCAUGCAAAACCAAAGCUUUGUAACUGAGUUCAUCCUCUUGGGGCUUUCACAGAAUCCAAAUGUUCAGAAAAUAGUAUUUGUUAUAUUUUUGUUCAGCUACAUGGCUACUCUCGGGGGCAACUUGCUAAUUGUGGUGACCAUCAGCAGCAGCCCAGCACUCCUGGGCUCCCCCAUGUACUUCUUCUUGGCUUUCUUGUCCUUCCUGGAUGCUUGCUACUCCACCACCAUUGCCCCGAAGAUGAUUGUGGACUCUCUCUAUGAGAGGAAGACCAUCUCCUUUGAGGGCUGCAUGACCCAGCUCUUUACUGGACAUUUCUUUGCUGGAACGGAGGUGAUUGUCCUCACAGUCAUGGCCUAUGACCGCUAUGUGGCCAUCUGCAAGCCCUUGCAUUACUCUUCUAUCAUGAACAGGAGACUCUGUGGCAUUCUGAUGGGGGUGGCCUGGACAGGGGGCUUCUUACAUUCCAUAAUACAAAUUCUCUUUGCUUUACAGUUGCCCUUCUGUGGCCCCAAUGUCAUUGAUCAUUUCAUAUGUGACUUGUACCCUUUACUAGAGCUGGCCUGCACUGACACUCAUGUGUUUGGCCUUUUGGUGGUGGCCAACAGUGGGUUUAUCUGCAUCAUAAUCUUCUCUUUGUUGCUUGUCUCCUAUGGCAUCAUCCUGUGCUCUCUGAGAACCCACAGUACUGAAGGGCGGUUGAAGGCUCUCUCCACUUGUGGAUCUCACAUUACUGUUGUGGUUUUGUUCUUUGUCCCUUGCAUAUUCACGUAUGCCCGACCUCCAUCCACUUUCUCCUUUGACAAAAUGGUGACAAUAUUUUACACCAUCCUAACCCCCUUGCUCAAUCCUUUGAUUUACACCAUCAGGAAUAAGGAAGUGAAAAAUGCCAUGAGGAAUGUGUGGAACAGAGUAAUGGUAGUUUGUAAUGGAAGGUGAGACUGAUUCGAUAGAAUCUACACUCAGUGUGUGUUCUAAGACAUGAUGGAGCUGCUGAAUGUAGUUCCUGCAAUGAAGAGUUAGAGUGGUCCAGGGUCCUUAGGUCUUCCCUGGCUUCACCACUCUGAAAAGUUUCUCUGCUCCCUGAGGGGCCAUUAAACUGUCGAUCGCAUUGAGGCCAGAUUGGAAGAAAUUUCUGUCUUGGGGGACCCAUCAUUUGAAGAGAUUUAGGAUGAGAAUAGGAAGGGCUGUUCUUUCUCCACACCUGGGUCUUCAAGACCCUUGGGAACCCUUCCUCAUGAUUCUUAACUGCACUCUCUUUCGGGUUUUGAGGCAGUGAUAUUCCCCUAGGUCAUGGAGACAGAAGUUGAUUUCUGCAAUGAAAUCUUGCAUCAAACUAUCCUCCCUAAUGUUUUCUUUGACUCCCUCCCCUCUCUGUCUUUCUGUAUGCUACCCUCUGAAUCUUCUUUCCUUGGGUAAAUUCACUCUCACUCUCCUCUCUCCUAUACUCAGUUCACUCAUUCUCUACUCUUGCCUGUUCAAUACUCUUAUUCAUGUAGGCAUUUGUUUUCUGCUUUGAUAUUUGCUUCACCAUGCAGCAUACAGACCUUGAUUCUGGAGUUAGACCAGAAAAUUAAGGUAUCAACCCAUGUCUUUCUUGGAGGGCUCAGGAUUUCUCUUUUCUAGGAUCUACAUGAUCCUAGAAAAUCUACAUGAAAUCUACAUGAAAUGGGUUUGAAGGUUUAUGUGACAUGGACAGUGAAUGUUAGAGACAGUGGCUAUUUAGCGGUACCCCACUCUAAUUUUAACUUAGCUAUACUUCGA